UACCCAGCCUUAGUUGUUUAUCAUGUGAGAUAGUGAGGCUGAGGGAGGCUUUCAAAGAGAGCGAGAGACACAGAGAGCGGAUUGUGGCAGGAAGUCAGAAGUUAGCACCCACUGUUUGAACAACUGAAAUUCAGAGUGAAUGCUGUUGUAGAGUUUAUGUUUCUCAUGCACAGCUCUGAUACAAAGCAGUGACCAGACCCAAAACAGAACAAUUCCCUGGGAGCGUAAGGAUUGUUACCUGAAACUGCUCAGGUACCUGGGGGGAAAUGGUUGCUGCGUGCUUGCCUCUCACUCUCCGCCUCCUGCUGACCCUGAGCCUGACCCACCUCUUGACCUCAGGAUACGUCAAUGGCUCAGUGGACCCGACCGACUCCUCGGUCAGCAGCCAGGCAACUGGGCAACCUCCAGGGGCCGCAACCUCUGACAUGGGGAGAGCAACCAAUAGCAGCGAGGACUUGGGCAGCUGGACAAUCUCAGCGAGUGCUAGAUUCAUGAAGGGAGUGACAUCAGAGCACAAGGAAUCGACCUCCAUGGAAACGUCUACAGAUGUGGUCACCAUAAAUCCUAGGAUGACCAUGAAGGCAACCUCCAGGAUGACCUCCAGGGUGGCCCCGAAGACAACCUCCAGGAUGACUCCGAAGACAACCUCCAGGAUGACUCUGAAGACAACCUCCAGGAUGACUCUGAAGACAACCUCCAGGAUGACCCAGAAGACAACCUUCAGGCCGAUCCUGAGCAUGGCUUCAAGUAUGAAGACUAAACAACGGGCCUCAGUUUACGAGACUGGCCCUUCCAGUCAAGUUGGGAUUAUCCUGUUCCUGUCUCUGCUGCUGAUCACUCUCCUCAUUCUCCUGGUCAGUGCUUGCAGGAAGCUGCAGGGUUUCGGGGGUCAGGGCUCCUACUAUCCCUGCCGCCUAGACAGGGAGCGGUAUGUCAAUGCAGAGGGGGGAGAGGGGACAGUGUAUGGGCGGCCCAGAUCCAUGGGGCAGGUCUUCCUCACUGCUGUCCACCGACUGCUCCCCUGGAGAUCCUCUGCAUUACUGAACAAUGAGGAGGAGGAGGAGGAGAAUGAGGAUGAGGAGGGGAAAGAGGGAGAGGGGGAGGAGGGAAUGGAAGAUGAUGAAGUCCCAGGAGGAGGUGACAGUAAAGCAUGGCCAGAGGGGGAGGUGGAGGGAGACAGCGUCCAGGAUGACACUGACCACUCGGAUAGCGACGACUACUCCAGCCUCGGGGGGCUGGACCUGAGGGAGAGGGCAGCCCUGAAGGAGGAGGUGGAGAGCGAGGAGGAGGGGCAGGCAGAGGGCUCGGAAGGAAGCCAGAGCGAGGAUAACCUACCUGAUCCACCUUCCCCCGGAGGGGAUGACCUCCUCAGUGACAUUCAUUCCUUUUCAGGUACUGCCCAGUGGUCAGACACCAGCCAUGAUAUCACUGCCCUCUGAGAGGGCAGAGCUCCUGAGUGUGGGACAGCAGG